AUGGGAGCGAACGGCGAGAGCGGCGGGACGACGGUGCUCGAUGACGAUUUCGCCGAAUUUAGCGCUCGAGUGCGUGGGGCGUGGAAGCGCUCGGCGACGUUCACGCUGAGCGCGGUGGUGACGUCGCUGGUGAUGCUCAUGGUGAGUACAAUGGCGGUCGGGGUGACGCGAUACGUGGUCGUUCCGAGAGGGCCGGCGUCGCUGACGACGGAUCUAGCGUUCGAUUACACGACGACGGCGCCGACGGCAAGAGCGAGCUUUGCGGCGGUAAAAUUCGCGAACGUGGAGCCGGGCGAGGGGGCGAGAAUUUUGAGUCCGAAACAAACCUUUGACGUCGAGGUAGAGCUCGUGGUGCCGGAGAGCGAACAUAACGCGAACGUUGGUAUGUUCCAGGUGAACGCAAAGCUGUUGACGUCCACCGGACAAAAGUUGCUGGAACGGUCUCGACCAGGAAUGGUGACGUACACAUCUAGGGAGGUCAGAUGGCUCAAGAUGCUCACAAGAGCACCGUUGCACGCGAUGGGGAUGAUCGACGAGAGACAAAGCGUGCGCGUCGCCGUGAUUGAAAAUUACAAAGAGGACGCGGCGUCUCCGUUUACGAGUAUCGAAGUGACGAUGAAACCGCACGCUGGAAGUGAGAAACUGCCACAAAUUUACGAAGCGCGAGCGACGAUUCACUUAAGUAUGAGUCGUUUCGCUAGCGCGCUAUAUUUUUACCCGAUCGCCUCCUCGCUGAUCCUCAUCGGCGCGCUCUGGAGUAGUUCGAGUGCCGUCGCCUUGGUGUGCCUUCUUUUCUACGUGCUCAUCAAGGGGAGUAACAUGGACGAGACCAAGACCCAGCCACCAGUGACAUUGAAUCAAAAGUCAAAGCAUGCUGGAGCGAUCGCCGAUGCCAUCGAUUCAAUGGACUCAACCCUGAGUGCUCACGCGCCAGAGCAAGUUAACGCGACUUCGAUCCUCGAUCAUGGAUUGCGGCAUCGCGGCAAUCCGAAUGGAUCGACGAGCUAG